AUGGCAGUACCGGCUAUCAACGAGAAGAUCAAUUACAUCAAAGCCACUGUACCCGAAGCAGAUGAUAAUACACGUGCACUCAAAUGGUUAACGCAACAUUAUCGACAUAUUGUUCAAUCCAAAGAAUGUUGUAAACGAUCGUUUAGACGACAAGAGAUCACGGUGAACGGCGAGCAUGUUGAAGAGACUCGGAUAUUGCAUAAAGGUGAUGUCGUCGAAGUGCGUUAUGAUCGAGCUCGUGUGGAGCAAGAAAAGCUUCGUCAAGUUCCUGUGGAUAUUCGAUAUCAGGAUGAGCACAUUGCUAUUGUAUGGAAAGCGCCUGGACAAAGUUAUGGUAUCUUUGAACGUGCAUUACCCUAUGCUCUCUCGCUUGCAAGGGAAGACUAUGUCUGCUGGAGUCCUUAUACAUUGCAAAAAGCUGCAUCUGGCUUGCUGGUUAUUGCAACGUCCAACCAUGCCAAGCAGUUUCUUAGUCAAGCCUAUCAACAAUGUCAAGACUUUAAGGUGACAAUGCGUGUCAUUUGCCACGGCAAAGUGCCAGCCGAUCUCAUGUCGACCUUGAGGAAUACCACCUUGAAACCACCAUCGCCACCACCACCAGCACUUGAUCCCACCAGCGACGUUAUCACAAAGAGCGUUGCGAAUGACGACGACGACGAAGAAGAAGAAGACAAUGCUGUUACCUUGACACGAUCAGCGACUGAAGUGGUAUCCGAUCUACGCCUGGUGCAGAUUACACGGUCCAACAAUGCCGAUUACUUGAGUACACUUGACCUUGACUUGCAUACACCUUUUUCGAGCAUGGCUAUCCGGAGUUUGCUGUAUCAUCAAGCAGACCACCCGAUCGUUGGCAACUCGACUUAUACCAAGUAUCUCAAAUCCAGUCGAGACAAAGGAUUAUGCAUGAGCGUGACCCGAUUGCAGUUAUCACAUCCUACGACACGUGAGACGAUGACAUGGGAGGCAGCAGAACCAGAAAAGUUUGAAUUGCUACGUGCACGUGAACAAAAGUUUUGGAGACGCAAAUUGGAUGAAAAGCUCGAGGCAUUGAAAAAGCUGGGUCGUGUCAGUGAUCAUCAAGAACAAGAACAAUUGGAUCAGGUUGAAUCGGGUGAUGCGACUGAAAAGCCCUUGGCGUACAUGUUGGGUGAAAAGACAUUCUAUGGACUCACGUUCAAAGUAUCCGAAGCAUGCUUGAUCCCGCGACCCAGCACUGAAACGUUGGUGGAUGCAGCGGUUGCUAUUCUACUACAACAAGAGGAUGAAAACAAGCAGCAACGUGUACUUGAUAUUGGCACCGGAUGUGGUAAUUUAUUGUUAUCCAUUAUGCAUCGAAUCAAGAGCAAUCAUCUCAACGUCCAAGGAUUGGGUAUCGAUAUCAGCAAAGAUGCUUUGGCAGUCGCACGGGAAAACCAAACGAGCCUCGGCCUUGAUCAUGAUGUCACCUUUACCGAAUGCGAUAUGGCGCUUUUAGAUUGUAGCCAGCAAGGUUUAUUCGAUGUCGUCGUAUGCAAUCCACCCUAUCUCAACGAGACGAUUGUCAAGAGCUCAUUCAAGCACCGAAAGGAUUUCAAUUUGCUUUUGCAGGAACCCGCCAUGGCUUUGUUUGCUGGUGAUGAUGGAUACGAAUGGUAUACCGUAUUGAGCAAGGUGGCUCCCAAGGUGAUGCAUCGUCAUGCAAAAUUGGUGCUCGAGUGCGGUAAAGGCAUGAUGGAUCGCGUAAAGCUCAUUAUGACUGGAUGGAAAACUGUCGAGGUACGCAAGGAUAAACAGGGCUGGGAUCGUUGUCUAGUAUUAGAAUUACAAUAA